AUGCUGAUAUUCACUUAUUUUACUGAAGUUAACAAAGCAUUCCAAUUCACGUCGAUCACAAGUGUGGUGAUCCUCGAUUGUUGGACGAUAGCCUGGGCAAUUAUUCUCACGUGGAUUUUCUUGGGCACGAAAUAUUCUGCUUGGCAAUUUUUUGGUGCAGCAGUUUGCGUGACGGGCCUUUGCCUCGUUCUUCUUUCUUAUGCUCGUUCGGGUGGUGGUGGUGGUGGAGUUAGCUCACAUUUCAGGUGGUUCGGUUCGAAUCCUCUGUUGGGCGAUUUUCUCGUCAUAACAGGCAUGAUAUUGUUUGCAAUGAGCAAUGUUGGUGAG